AUGGACCGAUAUGAUAAUGCAAAAGAGCGCAAAAUACUCGCUAAAAGUGCUUCUUAUUUCUCGUUUUUUAUUCGGCCAAGCCGCUCUGGUUCUGAAUGGAAGGGAAUAAAUGGCUCUAGUGCUGGCACUACAGUCACAGAGCUGGCUCAGCAAGUUGAUGUCCAUAGCCCUGAGAAGUCGGCGAACUGCACAGCGAACUGGAUACCCUAUACCUUUUCCCACACUUUCAUGGGCGUUUUGAGCCUUGUGACAUUUGGCCUUAGUUUGACCGUAUUUUUGCUAUGGUGGAGGUCCUCGACAACUUAUGGACUAGGCUCUGACAAUGGCUCUUCUGCCAUGCUUUUUGGCUGGAGAUACAGCCCGACAAUGAUCGCUGUUAUAUACGUUCAAAUGACAGCUGUGCUGUUGAACGAUAUCAAGCGUACAGAGCCUUUUGCUCGGCUUGCACGACCAGAAGGUGCAAAUGCAGAAGCAUCGAUCCUCCACUCCCCAGGACCUUGGUGGGUUGUUCUAUACGAUGGAUUCGCGACGAAGAAGAAUGGGAGGCGUAGCUGGGUGUUGAUAUGCUCAGUACUGCUCAAUAUUAUUGGAUUCCUGGCAAUCUCAUCGCUUUCUUCCGACUUCUUGGAAUCACAGGAGAUAACUGUUCCCAAAUUAACGGACUUCCUGCGCCUAUCACCACUGGCAGAUUCGCCUCUACCUAUCGAUCAAGAUCGUGCCACCUACUUCCGUACAAUCGCAAACCUCCUGCAAAACGUGUCAACUUCCCCAUGGAUUACAGAUGAAUAUACGAUCUUGCCAUUUUGGCCUGCGAGCUUGGAAACAGAGCCUAUCAAUACCCUUCCCACAAACUCAUUACAGGUAUGGCAGGGCGAGACAACAAUAUUUAAGAGCAAACUAAGCUGCACGGAAAUGUCGGUGGAUUCUGAAGCUUUUGAGCCGGCUUCAGUAGUUAACAAAACAGAAACCUUAGCUUCUGUCUCUGUCAUGUGGUCCAGCACCGACGGCUGCAAGUACGGAGUUCGGGUAGUCGACACUAUGUUUCUUAUUGGAGGUGGCAGCUGGUCCAAUACAUCUACGUUUUUCUACGCGGGCACUGAAACAGCCUCCGGGAGUGUCGUCGAUGAGAUUACUGCGGUGGUUAAUCACACGGCAGAAUGUGAUGGUCGUGAAGUCAUUGUGGUCACCGAGCCAUGGAAAAACGCCUCCUCCAAAGGUACCUACUCAGCUUAUUUAUGCGACACAAAGUUUUACAUGGCCAAUAUCACGGCUAAAGCUGCACUGGAUGGAGAUGUACCAGAUAUAUCAUUCAAUGAGAGCGAGUACGAACAGAACAAGGUUUCGAUUCCGGAAACGCUUGUCAACACUACCCAGUUUCAAGACCUGUCGUUGAAUGCUGAUUGGGCAACUUAUAUGAUAUCGAUCAUUUGGGCAGAGACAGCAGAGAUGGGAGGUGCUGCAGUCUUGCUUGGGGCUCCUUAUAGCUACAAUAUGACAGAGCUAGUAAGAGACCCCGACCUCAUAGCCACGGCGGCCAAGGUGAAACAGCGUCAUUUUGGUGAAGUUAUACAGUCAGCUUUGAUCCAAAAAGGUGCCUCUCAUCGAGUCUCUAUGCAAGGCACAGUUGACAUUGUUGAAACUCGAGUCGUCGUUCAGGAUGGACCUGCAAUUGCUCUGGGAAUUUUAUUGGCCAUUUCACUCCUUCUUCUGCUUGCAGUUUGGUGGCUUUCACGUCUACAGAGAAGACCAUUAAACUUGCACAAAGAUCCUGCAACAGUUAUAGGUAUCGCUUAUUUGAUAGCUCAAAACAUGAGAGCAAGAUCUGGCUUUUUGCCACUUCGGCAACCCUCAAAAGUUGAACUACAGAAGAAGUUAGGUGGGGAAGUUUACUCUACAGACUUUCAGGGCUUGUGUCAAACCACCGCCAUAAAGGCAGAGGACCAGAAAGAAUCUCAAUCGGAAAAUGGGACUCCCAUGAUACUUCGUCUGCCAGCUCUUCUUGCACUUGUUCUUGUACUUGCGCUUGUGAUAGUUGGUGUCGCUGUUCUCUAUCACUACGCCGAGAACUCCAGACUCUACGGGGAAAGCUUUGUGUACCAGGUUCGGUUUUCAUUCUUGAGCAGUAGUGUUUCUUCCUUAGCACCCUUCUCAAUGAUUCCAACGGUGAUAGCAACACUUCUUGGUUUGUGGUGGGGCUCUAUCGAUGAUAACUUCCGCCACUUACAGCCAUAUCUCUCGUUGUCCAAGAGCGAUCAGCCUUUCAAAAAGGGUGUUGAUAUGUCAUAUCAGUCUUCUUUUUGGAUAUGGGCUGCUGUGAAAGCACUCUGUAAUAAGCAUUGGCUGCUUUUUUUGGUCUCCUUGGGAUCAACACUAUCCCCUAUUUGUGAGUCUAUGUGUUUAUUAUACCUUGCUGAAAAUUAUCAAAACUUACAAUCAACUCUCCAAGAUACGACUACAAUGUCAGCUUUGUUCAAUCGUGGAUCGGGGAACAUCAUCAACCCCAUUACAAUUGAGCGGCAGUUGGAAGUUCGCGAUAUCCCAUUUGUUUUCGAAACAGAGCAAGCGCUAGACCCCCUUACGUCCAACGACUAUAUCGUUCCAAUUGUGACUCAGCUGUUCACGAACAUCUCUUCCUAUUGGAUGUAUACUGCUACAAUCCAACUCACCCUGAAUGGCUCAGAACCUGCUUGGAGUAAAGACGGCUGGAGCUUCGUGCCCAUUGAUCUAAGCAACAUCACCAGUUCAGGGUCACUGGCAAAACUAGGUGCAAGCCAAGCAGAUGACACAGAUGGAGAAUCACAAACCAACGUUACCUUCACGACACCUGCGAUCCGGGGCCGUAUCAGCUGCAGCGAGGUCCCACUGAAGGCGAUGUUGAACAUAACAAAUUGGCUGACGCCCACAGAUGUAACAAAUCACACAAUCUACAAUCAGAGUACAAUCCCGAAAGGUUUUUUGGGGGGCUAUCGAUUAGGGACUGCCUCAGACCUAGGAAGUUAUCCCGCCCUUAUAACACCGCUUCUCGAAUCACAAAACUGGACGUCAUGUCUUGGUUGCACUUCUGUUUUUGUGAAUCCAUCCGCCGUCAUCUGCUGUGGAAAUGAGACCAGUGAUUCCCGGGAGGGCCCUGUGGGUAUUGGAUAUUGGUCCCCGAAUGCUAAUCUUGAGGGUUGGUCGUCUCGAGAUUGGCAGGGAAAUUUCUCAGCCAAGUGGUUCCACGGCGAUGCGAUUACAGGUAUCGAAGUCAACGACAACAAAGACACCAGCUCAAUAUCCAAUCCUGAGCUCUUGUUUAUUGAACCGCCAUCCUUUAGUAUGAUCAACUGUUUGCCGAUAAUUGAACAAGCUGAUGCAACAGUCACUGUGAAUCCGCAGAAUAGCGAGGUUUUGUCUUUCAAUAUAACAAGUACCCCCAAGACAAUGUCCGAGCCAUGGGCCGACAGCUUCGUCCCUCACAACAUCUCAGGACCAAUUGAUUUAGCAGCUGAUGGGGAAAUGCAUUAUAACGUGACUUUGAGCUUUGGCCGACUUUUCACAACAACCAUGUUGACGGCAGCCGACACAUUGAAUCUUGCAGGAACAGAUUCACAACUAGGUUAUUCGACAGAAGACCUAUCUGACAACAGCUUUAACAUCCGCGACAAGAUGAACGGUCUGAAUAUGGACUUCAUGACCUACGCCAUGUAUACAAUGGCCGGGAACAAUGCAUCAUCCCUCUUAGAUCCAGACAUCUUCACUGAGCUCGCGGAGAAGACUUUCACAACAUUCUUCCAACAUUUCGUGAGCAAAAAUCUGUCCAUGGAAACAGGUGGCUGGGCAUACCAGAAAAUCAACGCCAGUCUCCCAGUCGACCUCGGACCCGCGGUUGAAUUCAGCACAUAUUACGACGGACUCCCAGGACGAACACCUUCCAAAUACCAAGACGUCACGCACCCGAUCUCGCACACGAACAGAAAAGUAGCAGCACAAGUCUCCCAGCGCGUCGAGCUUCUUCAAAUGAACGCCGUCGCCGUCUGGCUCAGCAUCGGCAUAAUGUCCUGGCUAAUCCUCACAGCAGCCGUUGUUGCCAUUCUUCAAAAGCGGUACUUUGGAAAACUAGUCCGCAACGUGGAGUGUCUCGGCGACGUGUUAGUGCUGAUAGCCGGAAGUGUGAACUUCCUAGAGGUGGUACGGGGCAUUGAAGCUGGAAAUCUUGCACCUGCUGACUAUGAGCAUCUUCUUACACGGCUGGGUUGGUUCUUGGACGAAGAGGGUGAGCUGAGAUGGGGUAUUGAGAUGUUGAAUUUUAGGGAUGGGCCUGGUGAAUGGGUUUCGAGACCGCAGUUCCGGAAGAAGGAUAAGACUAAUACGUGGACUGUUUCUGCAAAAAGUUUAUAA